CCAGGACAUACUUGGUUUGUCAAAUAUUGCCCUGCCAUGAUGGAAGCCACUAUACCUAGAUGGUUCUAUGAAUGGUGGACCUGCUUCGGGGGAACUAAAGAUGUUCUCCCCCAACAAUUUCUUAACAGGUUUCCAGACUUCCUAGUAAAGGAAGGUUGCUCCACUUUGCCUGAGCACAUUCAAAUGUGCAAAUUCUUUAUAAAGAAAAGAGUAUCAUAUAUUAUUUCCUGGAACUUCUCUAAAGAAGAGCAACACAGGAUCAAAUACUUAUCCAAGGAGAUCAAAAUCAAAGGUUGGACUCCUAAGCCAACCGCUCCCAAAACUCCAGACAAAGGAAAAGCUGCCACAACGGCUUCCCCCCAUUCCUCUGCUUCGAAGAAAGCUUUAAAAGAAAAAUUAAAACAAGCACUGGCCAAACUUGAUGGACCAGACUCUACAGACAACACCGAAGAGUUGUUACAACUUAUUGCUGAAGCAUCCUCAACCGGAAGCAGCAGUGACAAUGGCGAUAUGCUAGAUCCCAAAGGGAUUGCUAUGGCCUAUCUGGAUCCCUAUUAAGAAUAGGGAAAUAAUCUUUCCAAGAGAUAGAGGUCCAAAGGGCCGGAAUUACCUCUUGAAAGGACAAUUCACUAUUCCUAAAAGGAAUCCAGCUGUCUCACUAAU